GCCUCCACCACUGUGGAGAGCGCCUGCCGUGGGCCUCGGUUACCAUGUCUGUGCUGGACGCCCUUUGGGAGGACCGGGUUGUCCGCUUCGACGUGUCCUCGCAACAAAUGAAAACAAGACCUGGAGAAGUCCUUAUUGAUUGUUUAGAUUCAAUUGAAGACACCAAAGGAAAUAAUGGGGAUAGAGGUAGACUCUUAGUAACAAAUUUAAGAAUUAUUUGGCAUUCUUUGGCAUUACCCAGAGUCAAUCUUUCUAUUGGUUACAACUGCAUAUUGAAUAUUACAACAAGGACUGCUAACUCUAAAUUACGAGGCCAAACUGAAGCUCUUUACAUACUAACAAAAUGUAACAAUACUCGCUUUGAAUUUAUAUUUACAAAUUUGAUUCCUGGAAGUCCUAGACUUUUUACUUCUGUGAUUGCAGUACACAGAGCAUAUGAAACUUCUAAAAUGUAUCGUGAUUUUAAAUUGAGAAGUGCACUGAUUCAAAACAAGCAACUAAGAUUAUUACCACAAGAACAUGUAUAUGAUAAAAUCAAUGGCGUAUGGAAUUUAUCCAGUGAUCAGGGAAAUUUAGGAACCUUUUUUAUUACCAAUGUGAGAAUUGUGUGGUAUGCAAAUAUGAAUGACAGUUUUAACGUUAGUAUCCCGUAUCUGCAAAUUCGUUCAAUAAAGAUUAGAGAUUCAAAAUUUGGAUUAGCUCUUGUCAUAGAAAGCUCUCAGCAGAGCGGAGGAUAUGUUCUUGGCUUUAAAAUAGAUCCUGUGGAAAAACUACGAGACUCAGUUAAGGAAAUCAAUUCACUUCACAAAGUCUAUUCUGCCAGUCCUAUAUUUGGAGUGGAUUAUGAGAUGGAAGAAAAGCCACAGCCCCUUGAAGCUCUGACAGUCGAACAAAUUCAAGAUGAUGUAGAAAUAGACUCUGAUGAUCACACAGAUGCUUUUGUGGCUUAUUUUGCUGAUGGUAAUAAGCAACAAGAUCGUGAACCUGUAUUUUCAGAAGAACUGGGGCUUGCAAUAGAGAAAUUGAAGGAUGGAUUCACCCUACAGGGACUUUGGGAAGUAAUGAGUUGAUCUUGAGUUGAGCUGGAUUUCUGUUAAAGAUAUCUCAAGAGUUAAAGAUACUAGUCGCCUGCUAUAAUGCAUGGAAUAGUUUUUAUAUUUAUAGCUUUUAUAUUUAAAGCUUUUAAGAAAGAGUUUUUUAAUG